CCACCCCAUAGCACCCCACAGCCGCCCCAUAGGCUCCAUUAGCACCCAUAGGGAUCCCCAUCAGCACCCAUUGGCCCCCCAUGGGAGCCCCACGUGACCCCCGCAAACUUCCGCCCCCCCCCCCCAGGCGCUUCCUGACCCCGCCGGGAGCACCCACAGACACCAGAGCCAAUGGGGCCCAGGGGCUGCCUCGGCCUGGCCAAGGGCUUCCUCUUCCUCUUCAACAGUGCGGCCGUGCUUUUGGGGUCCCUCCUCGUGGCUUUUGGCCUCUGGGGCCUCUUUGACCGGCGGAGCCUCAGCUGGGUGCUGGGGUCGCCGCUGCUCGCGCUCAGGGUCUCGGCCUGGCUCUACUUGGGGGUCGGAGGCGCCGCCGUCGUGUUGGGGGCCCUGGGGGCCAUCGGGGCCCUGCGGGGGGGCAGGGUCCUGCUGGGGCUGUACUUUGGGAGCCUGCUGCUGCUCUUCACUGCCCAGAUCACGGUUGCAGUCAUUGUCUAUACACAGCGCGUCAAUGUGGCCUCCAAGAUGGCGGCGCACGCGCAGGAGCUGAUCCGGGGGUACCCGGCCCAGGGGCCCCCCCGGGAGCCCCACGAGGGCUGGGACCUCGUCCAGCAGCAGCUCCGUUGCUGUGGCUGGGCCGGGCCCCAGGACUGGAGCCCCCCCGGGGCCGUCGCCUGCUCCUGCCUCGCCCCCAACAGCACCCAAAGGACCCCUCCGGAGCCGCCCCACGGCCGCUGCCCCUUGGCAGCACCCCAGGACCUGUUCCCUAUGGGCUGUGCUGAGGGGGCCCAGCGGUGGCUGGGGCAGAACCUGGUCACGGUGGUUGGGGGAAGCCUCGGCUGCGGCCUCGUGGAGCUGCUCCUGCUCUCGGUGUCGAUGUUCCUCAUCAGGAACCUGGACCCGGACGAGCCCCCGAUGGCGCCGUGAGGGGGGAGGGAGGCUCGGGGGGGGUCCCCGCGUGGCUCCGCCCUCUCCCCUGCUUCAGCCAAUAAAUCACCCGGAACCGGCA